AUGAAAAAAAUUUUCAAUAAUUUAUUCUAUUUUUUUCUUUUUCCAUUAUUCAUUCAUGCAGUUCAAGUUACAAUUAAUAAUCUUCGACCACGUUUGGAUAUUAACGGUGUAAUUAUGGAUGCUCAUGAUGGUAGUAUUCAACAGUUUAAAAAAAAUCGUCUUUAUUAUAUGCAUGCAAUGCAAUAUGGUCUUUGUGAAGAACCACCGAAAUAUGGAUGUGAUGGAGCUGGAAUGUCAAGUAAAUGUGGCUUUCAAAUGAAUCAUAAUAUCACCAUAUGGUCUUCACCAAAUUUGACCUCUGGAUCAUGGUCAUAUGUAGGUAAUGCCAUUACCGUGGCUGAUCGACCGGCAGGUGUAGUUUUUCGUCCACAUCUUGUAUACAAUCCAAAUACAAAAUUAUAUGUUCUUAUUUGGAAUUACAUGAGAUGGAAUCUACCUAGUUUAUAUGCAGUUACUAUAGCUGAAACACCAAGUGGACCAUUCAGAUUAGUAAAUCCUUCUUUGAAUGUUUCUCGAGGUGGUGGAGGUAAAGUAUAUAUUAUUGUUUUCAUUCAUUUAAUUAAUCUAUUUAAUUUUCUAGGCGAUUUUGAUAUACUUGUUAAUGACGAUGGAACCGGUUAUAUAGUUUAUUCUCAAAAUUAUUAUAUGAGUGUGGAACAAUUAACACCUGAUUUUUAUUAUUCAACGGGAAAAUCUUAUAUGUUUGAAGAAUAUUUUGUUGAAGCACCAAUAUUUAUGAAAAAAAAUAAUAUUUAUUAUAUAUUAUUCGGUUGGUGUUGUUGUUAUUGUAUGCAAGGUAGUGGUGUUUUAGUUCAUAGAGCAAAUAACCCCCUGGGACCUUAUACACUUCAGGCCGGAGGUGAUCUUGCUUGUGUGACAAAAAGUGAUUAUUCUUUGACUAAAGUACACUUAACAUCAAUAAAUGGUUUACCAACACCUAAUCAAGGUUGUGAAUAUCAUAAUAUAAACACAACAUCAAUCGUUCGAUCUCAACAAAAUUAUAUUAUUAAAGUCACGAAUUCAACUGGUUAUACAACAUAUCUUUGGACUGGUGAUAGAUGGCAACAAGCACCUGAUGGAAUAAAAGGUCAUGAACCACAAUUUUGGACACCUUUGAACUUUUAUGAAAAUGGAACAAUUGGAAAAAUACAAUGGCUGGAUGAAUUUAUUUUGAAUGUAUAA